UAUCCUUUUCUUUCCCUUUCCUGUGUUGUACAGUUCAGUUACCUUUUCCCGUAGAUCUUUUGACAGCUCUUUAGCUUUCCCAAAGACUCAGGAUCCAGUGCAGCACUGGAUAAAGGAUCUGUUGGGAGUCCAGAAACUUCAAGACCUUUUGUCCACACACAUUGAUGACAGACAAACAAGUCACAGGCCAGGGCCCUGAGGCUGGCUUCAGGCAUCUUAGCAAAUGCUGUCCAGCUGUUAGAGAUGGUCCUGCCCUGAAGGAACCACCUGUAGAGAUGAGUGCAGCGGAGCGCUUCAUCCAUGAAGCCAUGGAAGUGAUCAUUGAUGAAGCAGUGAAAAAGGCCACUGAUGUCCAAGAAAAGGUUUGUGAGUGGCAGUCCCCUGAAAAGCUGAGAGAGCUGCUGGACCUGGAGCUGAAAGAUGGAGGGGAGUCUGACUCCAAAAUUCUGCAGCACUGCAAAAAUGCCAUCAGAUACAGCGUCAAGACCAGUCAUCCUCGUUUUUUUAACCAGCUGUUCGCAGGGUUGGAGCCUUACUCUAUGGUGGCGAGCUUCAUCACCGAAGCCGUCAAAACCAGUCUGUACACAUAUGAGGUGGCACCAGUCUUUACUUUGAUGGAGGAUGCUGUGCUGAAAAAGAUGAUGGAGUUGAUCGGCUGGGAUGAGGGAGGAGAUGGAAUCUUUAAUCCAGGUGGUUCAAUGUCCAACAUGUAUGCUGUGAAUCUGGCCAGGUACCGGUUCUGCCCAGACAUUAAGGAGGUUGGGCUUUAUAAUGCUCCACGACUGGUCAUGUUUACAUCACAGGAAGGACAUUACUCCAUUUCUAAAGCUGCAGCUUUGCUGGGACUUGGCACUAAAAAUGUUUAUGCGGUUCCAUCCGAUGACAGAGGAAAGAUGAUUCCUUCAGCCCUGGAAGAGAAAAUAGAGUUGGCACGCAGUGAAGGCGCCGUCCCCUUCUUUGUGAACGCCACCGCAGGAACCACGGUGUUUGGAGCCUUCGAUCCUGUGGACGAGAUCGCAGACAUCUGUGAGAGGCACAGUCUGUGGCUGCAUGUGGAUGCAUGUUGGGGGGGAGCAGCUCUGGUUUCCAACCAACAUAAACACCUGCUAAAAGGCAUUCACAGAGCGGAUUCUGUGGCUUGGAACCCACACAAAAUGUUGAUGGCUUGUCUGCAGUGUUCAGCAUUCCUGAUUAAAGAUAAAACGAGUCUCCUCCAACGCUGCCACUCUGCAAAGGCCUCCUACCUCUUUCAGCAGGACAAAUUCUACGACGUGAGCUAUGACACAGGGGACAAGUCGGUCCAGUGCAGCAGGAAGCCCGAUGCUUUUAAGUUCUGGCUCAUGUGGAAGGCUUUGGGAUCCUCAGAGCUUGAGCGGAGGGUUGACAGAGCUCUGGCUAUGGCAAGAUAUCUUGCUCAAACAUUCAAGAAAAGAGAGGGAUUUCAUUUGUUAAUGGAACCUGAAUAUUCAAAUGUUUGCUUCUGGUACGUUCCACCGGCUCUGAGAGGUCUUCCUGAUGGCCCUGAACUCUGGAGAAAGCUGCACACUGUGGCUCCUGUGAUUAAAGAGCGCAUGAUGAAGACAGGCAGCAUGAUGAUAGGUUACCAGACCCAUGGGGACAAGCCUAACUUCUUCAGGAUGGUGGUCAUCAAUCCCCAAGUCAGCAAACAGGACCUGGACUUCGUCCUGGAUGAGAUCCAUAGCCUGGGAAAGGACUUAAGAUGAAUCAUGUAAACCUUUUAAAGACCUGCAGACAGCAGCAGCAGAUCACAGUGAAUUUCUGUCCCCUCCAGUACAUCCAGACAGUUCAUAAUGGUGUCGGGUGUUUGCUAAAUAUGGUUAUUGUGUGUGACAGCGCAUGACUUUUAGAAUCUUUUUGUUGAAAUAUAUAUAAUCAAGACAUCACCAUCUUUCAGUUAUGUUUACAAUAUAUUCUAAAUUUUAAUCUUCCGUGCGUUCAGGAACAUUUGCUGUCUACAUCUUUUCUUGAAGAAAGACACCAUGAUGUUUCCAUGGUGAUCAUAAAUGUGUCUCCAUACCACAGGAUUUCUGUUCUUCAGUUCAGACAUGAAGAAGGUACUUAAAUGAGCAGCCAGAUGUUAUUAGAAACCUGAAUGCUGAGGAACAGGAAUUCUGUGAUAACAUGACCUGUAUGAAUGACAACCUUCAGUCUGUGGGCCAUGUGAAGUGCCACAUGGUUCCAACCUUGGACCUCUGUUGUUCAACAUGUUUCCACUGAUCAGAUCAUUCACUUAAAUCAUGUUACAUACUGAAUGUAUCCCAAUGACUUUGAGCUUUAUGUAGCUUUGUCACAAAACCAUCAUCAGACUCUCUGCUGAUGCAGAUAAACUCCUGGAUGUAGUCAAACUUGCUCCAGCUGAAAAACUAAAAGACUGAAUGAAAGAAGGAAUAAAACUGAACAGCUGAUUUCCAGAGGUUUGAAGACCAAUAUUCAGAAAUUUUGUAGUCAUGAUAGACUCAGAUCUGAGCUUCAGCCACACAUGGAGACCACUGAGAAAAUCGAUUUUUACCAUCUACAGUACAGACAAUUCAAAUGAAUGGGAGGGUGUGUCCAUACUUUUGGUAUGUACUGUAGGUCAAACAGAGAUUGAAGCUAAAGUAUUCUUCUCCUGCUGGCUGGACUACUGUGACAGUAUUCCAUCUGGAGCUCCAUCAGUUUUUUGUUCUGUUUUAUUUAGUUAUGCUUUUGUCGUGUAAUUGUGCUGCAUCCUGUAUUAUUGUACUUGCGGUACAAGUAAAACUAUGCUGCCUUUACUAUAGAAGCUUUAAUAAAACAUAUGUCCUGA